GCUCCUGGGGGAUAGGUAAUUUGAAAAUGCGGCUCCCUCUCUCGGCGCCGGUGCACGCCAUCAUUGUGCUCGCAAGCUCGCAGCGCGCGUAACUUCAACUUCUGGAUUCCAGAGGUUUGCAUGAAUUCGUGUCCUGGUCCGGGAAAUUGUUUUUCAAUUCAUGAACGAAGCUUGAUCAGUUGGAGUAGAACAUUACGGAUUAACGAGCGGCUGCCGCACGUACCGUAAUGUGUUUCCGAGCCUCAUACAGGACGUGGAUGUCAAAUAAAUCGACUCUCGAGCUCAAACGUCGGAAGCUUCGAAGGUGUUCGCAGAGGAGUUGUGAUGCCACACGAUCAAUUUUUCGACGAGCAUGCCCCUCCUUUAAUAGUGAAUUGAAGCACGAGGAGGGUUGGGGAAUUCGGUGUCAGACGGAACGGAUCGACUAUUGUUACCCCGGAGGGAGUGCAGGUCCCUGCGUUUUUUUGGUGUAUCUCCUGGAGUCCGACGAGCAGCGAGCAUAGAUUGACUCGGGGAGGUGUGCCAAGAUGGGUGUUGGAUCGGAGGCCGAUUUAGGUGUUGAGUCGUCUGUGAGAAGGGCCAUCGGUCGCAGCAGAAGAGAUAGAAAUGAUGGCUGCUAUCACUCACCACCGUCCAACUCGGUUUGCUCGUUGGACAAGAAUGAAACGGGCAAAAAUGUGCAGAUUUGCCAGAAGACGGAGAAGGUUCUCAGGAGAUGCGCUGGAAGCGAUUGGGACAGGGAAAGGCUAAAUGCUGAGGGAUUGCUUCGAUGCUUAUCUGAGGAGUAUGUUGAAGAGGAGAAGCAAAGAAGGGGUUUGCUGAAGAGAUGGCCUGAAGCUCCCUGCACUGAAGACUCAGUUUCCUCUCCAAAUGCCGAGAGGUAUAUACCGGAGGUCCUCCUUCGUGAUGACGACGAAGAUUCAUUUCAUUUCCUUCAAACUUUUAUACGAAGGUGUGUGAACGAGCUCCGUCAUGGUGGUAAAGUGGAUCAGGUUGUACAUGAUGGUCAACAUGAAAUUGCAGAAUCUUUAUUGAGACUGUCAGACCAGGGAGUUAUUGAAGCCAUCCCUGGUCUUCUUGAAAAAGUUGAAAGGAAGGCAUUGCUGGCUAUAUAUUCCAUUGUCUCCGGGAAGAACGGCGAUACGAGGAAUCGAGCAUAUUUGGUGGACAGAGUCAGUAAGAUUUUCAAUAAUGUUUCUCCUCAACAAACGCAGACAGAUCGUAUGCAAGAUGUUGUGACUAUUAUGAGGUCUCCAGGCUCAUACAAAAAAGUGGAAUCCAUAAAAUUUGAGGUGGAGGCGUUCUUUCCAGUAGAAGCUGCCCACUCCGCGCUUUUGCAACUAGAGCAGCUGCCUCUUACUGGCCUCCACGUCAUGCUCGCUACAAUCAAAGGAAGAUUACCAGGAAAAGUUGGUCAGCUUAAAAUGGGCGCGAACAAGGAUCGUCUAGCAUCUAGGAUAAGGAAAGCAGCACAUCGCCAUCUUGAAGGAUUAGAGAACGAGAAUGAAUUGCCUGAACGCCUACGGCAAUCUCUUAUAGUGAUGAGCCUCUCAGCUAGAUACGCCUUUGGAAAUGAUGGAAAACUUAUCGACUUUCUUGGUCCAGUCUCUAUGGAAAAGCAAUCUCUUCAUUAUAAGUUACUGUCUGCACUUUCAGAUAUAAAUUAUGUGAAGCAUGAGAAUUUGCUGCUUAUUUACAAGGAAAUAGAGGGUAGACUCGAAAGUUCUAGUAAAACAAGAACUAAAACGAUACGGAAUAAGAUAAAUAGGAUUUUUCUUGACUGUCUUCUCAACAGUGAGAUUCGACCUGUUCCGGAGAAUGUUAUGAGUGCUGCGGGAAAGCUGAAAGUUAUGAUGAGGCAGAAGAUCGCCGUGAAUACCAAAUCUAGUGGUUUGUAUGAGAAGAAAGAUCUUCGGGAGAGCAUGCAUGUUGAGCUUGAAGCAGUUUUAAGAUUGAGCAGUCAUCUACAGCAGAUAGCCUACAAUGUGAGAGAGUUUUCUGGAGAGGGCGUUUUUCCUACCUCUGAAAGUGAAAAAGAGCUCAGGAAGAUGGAUAUUGACCAAAGUUAUGUGGAGAAAGGCCAAAUGCAACAAAGAUCAGCUGAGGGUGGGACGCCUUCAUUGCAAGACGCAGGGGAGUUACAAAGUGUUGUUCCGACAUCUGAAAAUAACUUAGAUGACGAAUUGGAGGCAGCCUUGAGCAAGCAGAUACAGGUAUAUUCUUUCAAUCAGACACUUGAUUCCCUGAAUGAGGAAGGCCUGGAGAGGACGAUUGAAUCGGAAAAGAACUGUCAACACGAAGCUGUAUCUCCAGAGGAGGCCACGGCACUUAAAGAUGUUACACGUAUAGGUGACGAAGCAGCUGGAGUUGGUUACACCCUCGUCGGUUGUGCCCUGGAAGAGAUGUCCAGGUUAAGUGGCCAGAGCUUUAUCGGUUCAGUGAGGAGUUACCUUAGGUGUGGAGUAAAACGCCCGUUUCAAGAAUCAGAACCGGAAGUCGAACAAGACCAGGUUUCCAUCAUUUUGAGUUUAGCUCAAUUGGACUCCAGAAUCUCCAGCAGGACUAUGGACCGUGUUAGACGUCGCCUUGUCAGGUGAUCAUCUGAAGAACCUGGGAGUUGUUCUAUUUACGGUGGAUAUUCUUUCACAAUUUUUCUCUACCAAGAGAAAACUUAAGGAGCCCAUGGUAUCUGUCACGCACAUCACACGAGUGGAAUUCGUGUGACGGGGAUUCGAUGCGAUGUGAAGUUUCGAAUGUGCAAAUGGUCUGGUCAUCCUACACGAGUUUUCAUUCAAGCCCAACCCUAUCAAGAAGGAGAUCAGUUUCUACUCCAUGAAUUGGCUAUUUAUUGAAGGAGUGGAUUUUCUUUGGAAAAAACCAUGGCGAAGGGUUUGCCACCUGCUGGUUUGCAAAAACCUGCAGGUUUUUGCAAGGGACAUCGUCAAUCAGUGGAGGAAAGCUUUCAUGAUGUACGGUAGCUGGGGUUCCACCCUAGCUAGGUUCGAAGGUUCUGUUUUGUAUUUUCACUCCAUCCCGGACGUAUCAAGGUUUUGUGGUUCUGUUCAUCAUAUUGAUAUCCAACGGGUCUGGUCAAUCAAGAAAGAGACAUCCGUCACCCGGAGGGCAUGAAGUAGGAGUAUCCCUUCGUUUAGGAUGACAGUAGCCCUGGGGGCCAAGGUCUGCUCCGAAACUCUUUUAUUAGAUUUUAACAGCAGUAUGCUGGCGGUGAGCUUCUUUGCUAAUCGUUUCGGAAAGUGAUUGCUCUCCGAAGGGGCUGUUAUGAUCAAUAUCUGUUUUCAAGACAUUCAUCAGUUUUGAAGCAAAGGUGAUGAUCAGUCAGGCCAAGGAAAAUAUCGGCGGUAGUUUCUCUUUAAGCAAGCCAAAUUAUUGGCGCUACUUAGUUUCCUUCGUGUAGACCAACUAUUUUGAACGGCUCGAGGAUGUUCCAAACAGUGUGCGUGCACUCUGCGACACGAAAGUGUUUUUUUCAAUCACAUUGCCUGACUAUGUUAAGUGGUGAAGUGUC